AUGCGUCGUCUCGUCUGGCAACACUGGCUGAAGGCUUCACCUGGCCAAGAUCGCCUUCUGGAAUUUCACCGAGUCUCACCAGAGCAAGAGCUUUUGCUAGCUUCUAAGGCGGGCGAUGUUGUUCGAAUGCAGCAACUCCUUGUUCUAGAACAGGUCUCUCCAUUUUACGCCACCACGACGGAUGGGGUCACAGCUCUGAAUCUCGCAAUCGAACAUGGUCACCACGAGGCUGUUAAACUGCUGCUUGCUCAGGGGGCCCUCGUGAAUAGAGCUUUCGGCUUAAAGGAGACAUCUCCGCUAUGCUGGGCACUCCAGCAUCGACGAUUGGAGAUAUGCAGGACGCUGUUGUCUUACGGGGCUUCUCUCGAUCAUUUCACGGCUCUUGAUUGGACUCCUCUAUACUAUCUGUGGCCGUGGAAAUUGGAAGAUGGAUUCCAGCACCCUCCAGUGGCCGAGUUCAUCAGCAUGUUACGCGCCACCGGUGAAAAAUUUCACACAUUACACGAAGACCAUGUAGACAACCAUGGAUGGAGCUUGAUGCACCGUGCCGCAAUCUUCGCCGACCCAGCUGACUUGCAACUGCUGCUGGACUACGGCGUGAAUGCUUUCACACCCCAUGCUUGCCUUGACUGGAUGCCACUGCAUUUCGUGGUGGAGUACGGAAUCAGUGACAAUUUCCCCGUCCUGUUCCACGCAUACGAAAGGGAAUUCGGCUCACGUGCUGCCCUUGAACUCCGAGAUUCCAGGGGCUGGACGCCUUUGCAUAUGGCCGCAGCCAAUGGUCAUUUUGAGCUUGUCCGGGUCCUGUUGGAAAGGGGCGCUAACCGAAAAGCCCUCACUGGACCGGUCUACGACAGUGACAUGCCAGAGAGCGUUCGAGGCAGGAGAUGUUCUCCUCAAGAGCUGGCCUGGGCGUCUGGUGAGUUAAACGGUCAUUGGUUUGAUACUAUUGCCGCCGCCAUUCCCGAAGAUCAAUGGUUUGACGCCCCUGAAUAUCCCGAGGACAGCCUUCUCAGGAAGGCUUUUAAAUUCCCCAGGCAAGUGGUGUCGAAGGAGAAGAUGAAGAACAUGGCUACCUUCUUUCGGCGCUCUCGCCAGUCGUGA